GACGUCACACACUUGACGUAAAGAUGGCGGCUGUCAGGAGUGUUAAGAAAUUAUACGGCAUUGGACUUCAUGCAAUCCGUCAAAAUACAGCAUUAAGGGCAACAACGCUUCUCCAGAAAAGGUCAUUCCGCGUCGGUAGAGCUCUUGGCCAGCAGUCGUUUGACUCUUCAGCGGAGAAGCCUCAGUUUCCUGGAGCCUCGGCAGAGUUUAUAGAUCAUCUGGAGUUUAUCCAGCCCAAUGUGAUCUCAGGAAUCCCUGUCUAUAGAGUGAUGGACAGACAGGGCCAGAUCAUCAAUCCAUCAGAGGAUCCUCAGCUUCCAAAAGAGACGGUUUUGAAUUUCUAUCAGAAGAUGACGUUACUCAACACGAUGGAUCGUAUUCUUUACGAGUCCCAGAGGCAGGGCCGUAUCUCAUUCUACAUGACCAAUUACGGGGAGGAGGGCACACAUAUAGGAAGCGCUGCAGCUCUCGACCCUGCUGAUUUGGUCUUCGGACAGUACAGAGAAGCUGGUGUACUGAUGUACAGAGGCUUCCCUCUGGAUAUGUUUAUGGCACAGUGCUACGCAAACGCAGAUGACCUUGGCAAGGGCCGACAAAUGCCAGUUCACUAUGGCUCCAAAGACCUUAAUUUUGUCACCAUCUCCUCACCACUUGCAACUCAGAUCCCCCAAGCGGCCGGCGCGGCGUACGCAGUGAAGCGGGAGAACGCAAACCGUGUGGUGAUCUGUUACUUCGGAGAGGGGGCGGCCAGUGAGGGAGACGCACAUGCUGGAUUUAACUUCUCCACCACUCUUGAGUGUCCUCUCAUAUUCUUCUGCCGUAAUAACGGUUAUGCUAUCUCCACACCGACCAAUGAGCAGUAUAGAGGCGAUGGUAUUGCUGCUCGAGGUCCAGGAUAUGGACUGAUGUCGAUCCGUGUCGAUGGAAAUGAUGUUUUUGCAGUGUACAACGCCACGAAGGAGGCGCGACGCAGAGCGGUGGCUGAAAACCAGCCCUUCCUCAUUGAAGCCAUGACUUACAGGAUCGGGCAUCACAGCACCAGUGACGACAGCUCUGCGUACCGCUCGGUCGACGAGGUGAACUACUGGGACAAGCAGGACCACCCCAUCUCUCGCCUGCGACACUACAUGACGGCCCGCGGCUGGUGGGACGAGGACGAGGAGCGCGCCUGGAGGAAGCAGUCCCGCAAACUUGUCAUGGUGGCCUUCGAAAAAGCCGAGAGACGUCUGAAACCCCACCCCGACCUGAUGUUCACGGACGUCUACGAUGAGAUGACUCCUCAAAUAGCCCAGCAGAAAGACGCCAUGUGGCGGCACGUCCAGCAGUAUAAAGAGCAUUACCCACUUGAUCUCUAUGAGAAAUAGGCCGUGGGAUGUGGACACUACUGGGAAAAGUCUUGCACAUGUCAGAUUGUUUGAAUUCUCUUUUUUUCCCCCUGUUUCUUCAUUUUCAUGUUGCAUUGCAUACUGAAAGCUGUAUUGUUAUCCUCCAUAUUUGCCACUAGAGGCCUCCGUUCUGUCAUUUUGUGCCUUGGAAAAUGGUGUAAAAGGAGGAGUGGAAAACGGUUAAAGAUCUUCUACACUGGCCUAAUGUAGCAAGUGUUUUAAUACAGUAUCAUUAUAUUGGCAUUGUGU